AAACCAGCGCUCGUUCCAUACCGAAUCAUCGGUAGUUUCGGUUCCUCUCCCUCUCGAGUCGGUUCCGUUUCAUUUCCUGAGGGAGGCGGGGGAGAAGACGAUAGAAAGACAAAUUGAGCGAGAAUUACAGAGAGAGGACUAGGAGGCAGUGGAUAACCUGAAUUUAUCCGGUACCUGUAUCUGUUCAAUUUUUAUAAGCUUGACAAAAUGAAGGCUAUUCACCAGCGUCGACUUCUUCCUGGACUGGAAACCAGCGAUCACAAUGGAAGAGUUAAUAAGAAAAUGAGAUAUUCUUCUUUGCCUAGUUCUUCCAUCAUGAAAGAAUAUUGCCUAUCCAUCGAUCUUGCAAAGUCGUCUCUUUCUGCUGUUAAUGCAUGUAGAAAACGCAUUGUUCCUGUAGUCAAGAGUCAGUCUUGUUCAGAUUGUGACACGGGUCCAUAUGAAGUAAAUGGAAUAUCCACUCAGAAGAAUGAGUAUCAUUUGGAUGGCACUGAGGAUGGUAUAGAAGUAAUUCGUGUGUUUUUUUUCCCCAGUAAGUUUGUUAGAGGUCCUGCCAGUGUACUUCAUCCUGGUAAUGUGAGAAAUGAGCUUAUAAUUCUUGCUUUACCAGCUAUUAUUGGGCAAGCUAUUGAUCCACUGGCACAGCUGAUGGAGACAGCAUACAUUGGUGGAUUAGGUCCUGUGGAGCUCGCUUCAGCUGGGGUUUCAGUGUCAAUCUUCAAUAUUAUAUCAAAGCUCUUUAAUGUUCCAUUAUUGAGCAUCACAACUUCAUUUGUGGCAGAAGACAUUUCAAAAUAUGUCACUGGCCAAUCUAUUUCAGGUAGGGGUUUGCAAGAAGAGAAUUUCAAGGAUAAACAGGUAACCAGUGAGAUGGUAGAGAGACUGAGACUACCUUCUGUGUCCACUGCCUUACUUUUAGCUGCUGCAAUUGGUACCAUUGAGGCUGUAGCUUUGUUCUUGGGAGCUGGCUUGUUCCUUAACAUGAUGGGUGUGCCGCUUGCUUCACCUAUGCGUUAUCCAUCAGAGCUGUUUCUUUCUUUAAGGGCCUUGGGGGCUCCUGCAGUUGUAGUUUCCUUGGCAGUUCAAGGUGUCUUUCGUGGUUUCAAGGACACAAAGACUCCUCUGCUUUGUGUAGGACUUGGCAAUCUUUCAGCUGUGUUUUUACUUCCAGUACUCGUAUAUUCUUUCCAGCUUGGUGUGACUGGAGCUGCUAUUGCUACUAUUGCAUCUCAGUAUAUUACAGCCUUUCUGCUUCUCUGGUCUCUUGGUAAGAGAGCUGUUAUAUUACCUCCUAAGAUCGAGGAUCUACAGUUUGGUGGAUAUAUUAAAUCUGGGGGGCUGCUUCUGGGAAGAACUCUCUCAGUCUUAGUAACUAUGACCCUUGGAACAUCAAUGGCUGCACGACAAGGGCCAUUGGCUAUGGCUGCUCAUCAGAUUUGCUUGCAAGUAUGGCUGGCUGUAUCUCUACUUUCAGAUGCAUUGGCUCUUUCUGCGCAGGCGUUGAUUGCAAGUUCUUUUGCUAAAUGUGACUACAAUAGAGUGAAGGAGAUUACUCACUACGUCCUAAAGACAGGAUUGUUUAUUGGUAUUGCUUUAGCUGGAGUCCUUUUUGCAUCAUUUGGUAAUCUUGCAGAAUUAUUCACCAAAGAUGCUGGAGUGCUUCAAAUUGUUAGAACUGGUGUUCUGUUUGUCAGUGCCAGUCAACCAAUCAAUGCUCUUGCUUUUAUUUUUGAUGGUCUCCAUUAUGGUGUUUCAGAUUUCUCAUAUUCAGCAUGCUCUAUGAUGAUGGUUGGGGCAUUAUCUUCUUUAUUCUUGCUAUAUGCUCCAUCCAUUUUUGGCCUUGCAGGAGUUUGGUCUGGCUUGACCCUUUUCAUGAGCUUGCGCAUGGCUGCAGGAUUUUUGAGAUUAUAUUGGAAAACAGGUCCAUGGUGGUUCUUACAGCAGGAAAUUCCAAAAUCUGAGCCCCAGUAUGAUUCAGUUACCAUGGUACCAGCAGAAGAUGACGAGGUGGAGUAUGCAAAUGUACUCGCUGUAGAUUGAAGCGCAUCUAUAAACCAUGACCAAGAACUGACACUUUCGUGCUGGAAACGAAGUUCAGUCUCAGUUUUCACUAGAGGAUAACAAUGACAACUUUAAUUUGCAAUUUGUUUUUGUUCUUUUGGUAUUUGAUUUUUUUGAGAUAUGCAAAGAUCAGAGCAUUAUGUGUAAAGUGGGAAUUUUUUUAGUUGGAAACCAAUAUUCAUUCCUUCUGAUGAGACGCAUUGUGAUAAUUCCUCCUUAUUCUAAUCACAAGGAAGAGCAUAUUGCUA